AUGUCUUUCUUUGACAUUCCAUACCUUGACUUUUAUGACGAGACUUCGCCUGCGCUGAUUCUUGGCGCCACAGGUGUUUCCUUGAAGACGCAAGAGUUGUAUGCUCUUGUUUUCGCCACUCGCUACUUGGGCAUAUUUACAGAUUUCAUAUCCAUGUACAACACGGUCAUGAAGCUGAUUUUUCUGGGGAGCUCAUUCCUAAUUGUUUGGUAUAUGAGGUGCCAUAAGAUGGUCCGCAGAUCAUAUGAUAAGGAUCACGAUACGUUUCGACAUCAAUUUCUUGUUCUACCUUGCCUUAUAUUGGCCUUGCUUAUACAUGAGAAGUUCACUUUCAGGGAGCUGAUGUGGACGUUUUCCAUUUAUCUUGAGGCUGUUGCAAUUCUUCCUCAACUUGUCCUGCUACAGCGCACAAGAAACAUAGACAAUUUAACUAGGCAAUAUGUAUUCUUCCUAGGUGCAUACCGAUCACUAUACAUUCUCAACUGGAUUUACCGCUAUUUCACUGAGCCAGACUAUGUACAUUGGAUAACUUGGAUAUCAGGAUUCGUGCAGACACUAUUGUACGCAGGUUUCUUCUAUAGAAAUUUCCGCAGUUGGAAGAACAACGUUAAAUUCUUGACCACUUGA